AUGAGUGGCCUUCUCCCUCUCGUUUCACUUGGAGCUCUGACUCUUGCUUCCACUGCACUGAGCGCCCCUACAGCCUCUGAUACAGUCGCGGCCACCAAGCAAUGCGUCCAACUCCAGAUCCCCGUCUCUGUGGCGGCCACCAACUACCACUAUGACCAACCCCCUGUUGACAGCAACAUCGACGCCAUAGACUGGACCGUGAACAUUACCACUUGGAGCAGCUCCAACUGGACUGCUCGCAUUACUGGACCCGUCAAGAUCAACAAAACAUACAACAUCGGCGCACAGUUGUGCGUGCCGUCGCAGAAGACCAGUAAAGCCGGCAUUUUGCAGAUUGCAACCCCUGGCCUUGGGUUUGGCAAAGAAUACUUUGACGUGCAGAUUGAUCCUCAACAGUACUCCUACGUUGAUGCCGCCAUCAACAAGGGCUACUCCGUCCUCUCUUACGACCGUCUCGGCACCGGUGCAUCUGAUAAGCCAAACGCUUAUGAUGAAGUUCAGAUUCCAGUGGAAAUCGAGAUCUUGGCCGGGCUGACCAAGAUUGCCCGCGGCGGAAAGCUAAUCAGCUCCUCCAAGGCCACCAGCAACGCAAGCGCUGCGUUCGACUUUACGCCUACCAAGAUUGUUCAUAUCGGCCACUCGUACGGCUCUUAUGUAAACUCGCUCAUGCUCAUCAACUACCCCGACAUCAUCGACGGCGCCAUCUUUACCGCUCUUUACCCCAACAGCAUCGAGGCCACCGAUCCGCUCAACGCCUUGAACUACAACCACGAUUUCGCCAAGGAGAGCGAUCCCGCCCGCUUCUCCGAAUACGGCUCGGGCUACUUCGUCUUGGAUAAUGAAGCAACUCUCCAGAAGCUGUUUUUCCAAAAGGCCUCCCUGGACCCGGCGCUGCUUACCUACGCAAACAGCAUCAAGCAGCCCGAGGCCGUGGGCGAGUACUCUUCUGAAGAGGGCAACCCGCUCGCACCCGCUCCCGGUUACAAAGGCCCGUUGAUGUUUUUCAUUGGCGAGUUUGACAACUUCGUCUGCAAUGGCAAUUGCAACGGGAUCUAUAGCGAGGACUUUGCUCGCCAGCUUUACCCAGGCGUAGCCGCAAACGACCUUACCUAUUACCUGCAGCCGAACACGGGUCAUGCCUCCACAAUGUCGAAGAAUGCUUCUGCCGGCUAUGAGGUUAUGUUGGGCUUCUUGGAUGCUCGAGGCUUGUAA